CCCGCAUCCCCGAGCCGUCGGCGGCGCGGGCACCGGAGCCCCGCCGAGGAGCUCCGGAGGGCGCCGGGGUGGCGGAGGCGGCUGCUGCGGCGGCGGCGGCGGGAGGAGAAGGGGAGCGGCUGCGCGCCGGAAGGAGCAGCAGGGCGGCGUGCCAGCGAUGGAGCGCUCGGUGGGGCCCUGGGGCGCGGAUCUCCGUGGCUCAGAGGACAGGGAGCAGCUGAGAGGCACCCGCACAGGUCUAGGGAGUGAGAACGUGGAGAUUUCUCAGCCAGAUGAGUUUGAACAUGCCCCACAGGAGGAUGACUUGGGGUUCAAGGAAGAGGAAGAUUUGGCCCCAGGUCAUGAAGUAGGAAAUGCCUCUCUCAAACCCGAAGGCAUUCAGACCUGGGAUGACUUGUGGGUCCAGAGAGUGGGACCUGGGAAACCACAGGCCCGGGACAGAGGCCCUCGGCUCCUGGGAGAACCACGCUGGGGCCAGGCUAGUGAUCGGGCUGCCGUGUGCGGCGAGUGUGGCAAGAGCUUUCGGCAGAUGUCAGAUCUGGUGAAACACCAGCGAACCCACACAGGGGAGAAGCCCUACAAGUGCGGGGUCUGUGGCAAGGGCUUUGGGGAUAGCUCUGCCCGCAUCAAACACCAGCGAACUCAUAGUGGUGAAAAGCCCUACAGAGCCCGGCCACCAGCCCAGGGCCCCCCAAAGAUUCCUCGGUCCAGGAUCCCUGCUGGUGAGCGCCCCACCAUCUGCGGUGAGUGCGGCAAGAGCUUCCGGCAGAGCUCUGACCUGGUGAAACACCAGCGGACGCACACGGGCGAGAAGCCCUACAAGUGCGGGGUCUGUGGCAAGGGCUUUGGUGACAGUUCUGCCCGUAUAAAGCACCAGCGGACGCACCGGGGGGAGCAGCCCCCCCGGCCCGUGGUGCCCCGACGGCAGCCAUCUCGAGCAGCCACAGCAGCCGCACAGGGACCUAAGGCCCAGGACAAGCCAUACAUCUGCACCGACUGUGGCAAAAGAUUUGUGCUCAGCUGCAGCCUCCUGAGCCACCAGCGCAGUCACCUGGGGCCCAAGCCUUUUGGCUGUGAUGUGUGUGGAAAGGAGUUUGCCAGGGGCUCAGAUCUGGUGAAGCACCUGCGGGUGCACACAGGAGAGAAGCCUUACCUCUGCCCCGAGUGUGGCAAGGGCUUCGCUGACAGCUCUGCCCGGGUCAAGCACCUCCGCACCCACAGUGGCGAGAGGCCUCAUGCCUGUCCGGAGUGUGCCCGCACCUUCAGCCUCAGCUCCACCCUUUUCCGCCACCGCCUCACUCACGCGGAGCCCCAAGACUUCAGCUUCCCAGGCUACCCCCUCGCCCCCCUGAUCCCCAGCCCACCCCCCAGCUCAAGCCCACCCCCACCUCCCCUCGGCACCAGCCCCCCGCUGACGCCUCGAAGCCCUUCGCACUCGGGUGAUGGCCCUUUCGGCCUGCCUGGCUUGGAGCCGGAGCCUGGGGGCCCACAGGCUGGGGAGCCGCCUCCACCGCUGGCGGGUGACAAGCCCCACAAGUGCCCUGAGUGUGGCAAGGGUUUCCGCCGAAGCUCGGACCUGGUGAAACACCAUCGUGUACACACGGGGGAAAAACCCUACCUCUGCCCUGAAUGCGGCAAGGGUUUUGCCGAUAGCUCCGCCCGAGUCAAGCACCUCCGCACCCACCGUGGUGAACGGGCUCGGCCACCGCCACCAUCCACUCUCCUGAGGCCACACAACCCCCCUGGCCCAGCACCCACGGCCCCUCGAUCCCGAGUCCGGGCUCAGCCCUCUGGGCCCAGCCAGCCCCACGUGUGUGGCUUCUGUGGGAAGGAGUUUCCCCGGAGCUCAGAUCUAGUCAAACAUAGGCGCACACACACCGGGGAGAAGCCAUACAAGUGUGCAGAGUGUGGCAAGGGUUUUGGUGACAGUUCUGCCCGCAUCAAGCACCAGCGUGGGCACCUGGUCUUGAGGCCCUUUGGGACAGGGGAUGGUCAGGCAAGGCCCCUCAAAGAGGAGCCACCAACGGGACUGGAAUGAUGGGGUCCAGGGAGGGUGGAGGCCCAGGAGACCAAAGGGGGGGGGUAUCUGCCACUUAAGCAGAGAAGA